AUGCUAUUAUCAAGGAUAGGAUAUGGCAUUAGAGCCAGUACGUUAAGACAAACAAGGGUUAAUAUACUAGGGUUGUCGCUAGCCCAACGGUUCAAAUCGAAUUUACCAGAAGACUUUAAUCCUAAGAAGGACCUACCAACUAGUGGAGAAUGGAAACACAUGAAGCACCAUAUACCAGGGGAAGCCGAACAAAAGAAUGAUUUGAAGAGUCGUAUUCCUAAGUUUCCACUCGGCAAAGAAGCGGUUCCUACGUUAUUGCCUAGACCAGGAGUGCCCCAGGUUGGCCCAAAAUAUUCGUUCAGACAAGUGAUCCAGAUAUUGAAGAAUAAACAGAAGCCUGAAUUGAUCUACGAAUCUGAACCACACAGAUUAUACUUCCUAGCGUCGUUCUGCUGUUCGCUUGUCUUCACUAUAUACGGGUUUGUUCUCUUGGAAUAUGCGUAUUUCCAGGCUAACAAAGACUACGAAGAAAACGAGAAGGAGCUUAGCGAGCCACUCAGAAAGAGAGAAUGGUUCAUUUCGCUUAUUAAGUACUCGUCGAUCGGUGUGAUUGCAUUGGCGGUGGCCACUGGAUUUGCCAAAUUCCCCACCAGGUUAAUCAGAAGAAUGUGGUAUUUACCAGGCCCAGUCGAACACAUCAAAUUUACGUCGUAUCCACUCUUUCCAGGGGCUCCUACACCCGUGAUUACACUCCCGCUUAGCUCGAUAGCCAGAAAACAUACAGCCAGGGUAUGGACCGGAAAAGGGUUCUACGGAACUGCCGACAACUCGAUGUUCUGCUUUGUGCUCAAGGAAACAGGUGCCAGGUCGAGAAACUGGUUUGUCGACAGAAAAGGGUUCUUCUGGUCAGACGGCCGGGUUUUUGACUUGUUGUUUGGCAAAGAGACAAUCGCCGAGGCCGAGGCGGGUAUUCCCUACGACGAACAGGUCGGCAUGGUCAACAGGGAGGUUGAAAGAAAGAGAAAAGAGUUGCGGGCAAAACACGGAUUUUUCUACAAGUGGAAAAUCCAGGCCCAGGACAUGAAGCAGGAUGUACAGGGAGCCACUAACUAUGUGAACACGUUGAGGGGUUCCAAGAAGCCUAAGUCCACCAAUCAAAUUAACGGCAAGAACGACAACAUGUAA